AGAAGUGAGAUAUUGAGUAACAGGCAGACACACAGACAGACAGACAGACAACCCAACUACCGUACCCUCGCUGUGCAUGCGCACCGAGGGUAAUAAGGUUCAUCUCUGAAUGAAUGCUCACUGAACUCUAGCUACACCACUCACCUGUAUCUCUCCCAAUGCACACUGCGUCAGCAGCUCCUGAUAGCCCAGGAGAUGUUCAAAGGGAGGCAAAAUCUUACCAGAGAGCACAAAGCUCUCAUCCUUGGUUUCAUGGCCAGAGCCAGAGAAAACCCAUACCCCAACCGUGAGGUGGUGACAAUUAAGCUAAACGACAGGGUGCAGGAGGAGAGUGAGGGGAAGAAGGUUCUCAUUGAGACAGUCUUUGAGAUGAACUACAAGACUGGGAUGUGGAGGAAACUCCAGUACAAGAGACCUCAUCAGUGAAAUAGUUUUACCACUGACAGUAAAGUAUGACUAAGAGCACAUUGGGUACUGAAGGUGUAUGAAUGCAUGAAUUUUAUUACUCUUACUGUUGCACUGAAAAGUACAAAUAAAGUGCUA